GACACGAGGUGGAAGGAAAUGUAUCGACUAAGUCUGGAUUGAGCAUGCUCAAAAUUUGAGCACAAUGUACUACUUGCAAAUUUGGAGUUCAGCAGUAUUACAGCAUGUCACAAUUUUGUUCUCGUUGCUGUUGCGGAGUGCGGAGGUGUCUGCUUGGUUUCCUGACACCACGACAAAAGUCAUAAAUGAUAUUAAACAAAUAAGCACAAUAACAUUUCUUGGGAAUAACUCGUUUCCAAAUCAUUUUACUGUCUUGAAUCAAGACACCAAUUCCAUCAUACUUGGUGGGAGAAACACUGUAUAUAAUUUAAGCAUAUACGACUUUACUGAGCGCAAAGACAAACGUCUGAAGUGGUUCUCGUCCGAUGCACACACUCAAAUAUGCCAGUUGAAAGGGAAAUCGGAAGAUGACUGUCAGAAUUACAUUCGUAUUUUAGUGUCAUUAUCUACAGAGCGUCUCUUGGUUUGUGGAACGAACUCAUAUAAGCCGUACUGUAGGCAUUACACGACACUGAACGACGAAUAUGUGACGGAAAAAGAAUUUUCUGGAGUAGGUAUUUGUCCAUUCAAUCCAGAAUACAACAACACCGCGGUACAAAGUAAUGGCCAGAUCUUCACGGCAACCAUUGCCGAUUUCUCGGAGAGAGACCCAGUCAUCUAUCGUGAACCCCAACGAACAGAACUUUCUGAUCUCAAGCAAUUAAAUGCGCCCAACUUUGUUAGUUCUAUGCCAUACGACAAUUACAUUUUCUUCUUCUUUAGAGAAACGGCGGUCGAAUAUUUAAAUUGCGGAAAGAUUAUUUAUUCCCGAGUUGCGCGCGUAUGCCAAAAUGACAAAGGAGGCCCUCAUCAAUUUGGCGAUCGGUGGACCUCGUUUCUAAAGGCACGCUUGAAUUGCUCCCUUCCCGGAGAGUACCCUUUCUACUUUGAUGAAAUUCAGUCCACAUCUAACAUAAUCCAAGGACGAUAUGGUUCGAAUUUAUCCCAACAAAUAAUAUACGGUACCUUAACGACGCCCAAUAAUGCAAUUGGGGGUUCUGCCAUAUGUGCCUACAGCAUGAGAGAUAUUCUUCGAGUUUUCGAAGGAAGCUUUAAACAGCAAGAGAGCAUUAAUUCGAAUUGGCUUCCCGUUUCAAGACAGAAGGUACCAGAACCGAGACCUGGUCAAUGUGUGAAUGACAGCAGACUUUUGCCGGAAAGCGUUGUUAACUUUGCUAAAACACAUUCGUUAAUGGAAGAUGCUGUGCCCGCUUUAUUCAAUCAACCUAUCCUAGUCCGAGUGAGUCUUCAGUAUCGAUUCACGGCAAUCACUGUCGAUCCGCAAGUUGAAACAGUGAGUGGUGACGUUUUUGAUGUUCUCUACGUUGGUACUGAUAAUGGAAAGGUAUUGAAAGUUGUGAAUAUUCCCAACGAAAAUGGGGCUAAUGCCGUUGUGAUAUCGGAAAAUGCGGUAUUUUCACAUAACACGCCAGUAAGAGAAUUAAGAAUUGCGCCUGGUUACGGUAGAGUAGUCGUUGUGAGUUCAAACGAAGUUAAACUAGCGACAUUUAAUCAUUGCUCAUCAACCGAUCAUUGCCAGAAUUGUGUAGCACUUCAAGAUCCACAUUGCGCAUGGGACACACAGCAGUUAGCUUGCGUUAGUGUGGACGCUGUUAGUACGCUAAGAAGGUCGCUAAUUCAAGAUGUUCCACAUGGCAACACCCGAAAAUGCUCCCCUAUUGCAAACAACAAAAUUCCCACAAGAGUGUACGACGACAACACUCUGGAGAAUGAAAUUUUGAUUGAUGGAAAAAUUGAGGAUCCAUUGGCCAAACCAAACGACGAGGAGGUCGAAUGCGAUGAUGGACUGACGGAAAACCGUAUAACUGGCUGUGCGGUACGGCAACAUUUGGUCAUCUAUACUGCGAAAACGCUACACGUCAUUGUGGUGUGCGCUAGUUUGGUGGCACUGUUUCUCGGCUUUAUCGCCGGCUACCUAUUUUCGCGGAGAUUUCACCCCUAUGGUCAUUACCCCAAUGCGCCGUUUAUUGAACAACAUAAUCAUUUAGAAAGGUUAAGCGGCAACCCAAACGGUUUUUUAACCCCUCGCGCCAACAAGACAGUGAAUUUAGUGCUGAACGUUCCUCCGUCCCCCGCUCCUAAGAAAGAUAACCUCGAAACGAAAGACCUAAAUAUAGCCAGUGACGGAACUUUGCAAAAAAUUAAAAAGACAUACAUUUGAGAGACUACAUUAAUAUAUUCGUGUACCUGCCUACUGUUUCAUGAAAAGUGCUUACCAAAAAUAUGAGAAAUUAAUGCACAAGUUUGCGAAUUAAAUGUAUUUCUGCACAAGUAAAUCUUAGCUAUUUUUAUAUUGAGUAGUUUUAAACGCGGCAUAGUUGAAUAUAAGUUGAAUUGUACAUAUGAAUCGAGCUUGACUGAAUGUAAAGUUUUAUUUACGAUAUCGAAAACGUAUAAGUAAAUUGUUAUUUUUUUCUCGUGUCAAAGGCAACAUUUUUAUUGUGAUAAUCAGUUGUUUCGUAGUUUUGAGUGUCGUUACAGGUAGUUUAGAUUUUAUGGCAUCUGUAGAUUUAUGUUUAAGAGAAACACUUAUUUUAGCAGUUACUUCAUUCGGUGUCUAAUUCUUUUUGUUUAGUUUUUAAUAUUGAAAUGUUAGCAACCACUUUGGUAUCUAUUUUUGUAUAUUACACAAGGGCAAUAAUGAAUAGAAUGAAACCGUCGAGAUUUUAUGUUUGUCUUAACAGUAUAACAAUCUAUUAGGCUGUGAGAAACGUCUAUAAUUUAGUUAAAUUUUGGACUGUCUAUUUAAGGACUAGAUAAGUAUUACUUCUGAUUUCGUACUAAAUUCGAUUACGUAUCCAGUUCAUUUUAAAACUGUGUAUAAUAUAGUAAUAUAUGAUAUAAGCAAAUUUAUUCAGAAAUUUAUAUUGGAGAAGAUUUAAAUCGUACAAAUUACAUAUUCUUGUAAGUUAGAACAUAAGUGACUUGACAUUCCAUAGAUUUCUAC